AGAAGAAGGAGAAAAAAAUUGUCCGGAAUGGAUAAUAAAGAUCUUUGCGGUGUAAUAUUUAUAGAUGAUAAACAGUUGUUAUCAUUCCAGUGUUCGAUUUGUAAACGAACUUUUGAAACACCUAAUCUCUUAUUAGAUCAUUUAUCCGAACAUUAUACAGAAAUCAAAAUGAAAAAAAAAUAUCAGUUAGACGAUGAAUAUGAUGAUGGCAAAUUUUAUUCGGUAACCAACGACGAUAACGACAUUUCCGUGGAAGUGGACCCAUUAGUAGAUAAACUACCCUUAGGAUUGAAUGAAAAUCUUGAAGAUUUUAUAAAGAUAGAGAUUGCCGAUGACUACGCUAAUGAUAUUCCCUAUUCAAAGAAUAACGAGAGCGAAAAUAGGCUUACGGAAGUUGGCGAAGAAUUAUUAGAGAAAUCAUUCUCAACGUUUAUUACAGAUUCCGAGGAUACAAUAAUAUUGAAGGAAUUGUCAGUUACCGUGCAAACGAAUGAAAUUUCAAGCAGGUCGGAGAACGUAAGUGACGACCAGCCAUCUCAGCCUAAAUUUCGUUGCAGUCGACCUCGUAAAAAUUUUGAUCAGCCGCGUUUACAUAAAUGUGAGUUGUGCGGUUUCGCUUUUAAGGAUAAACGCUUGCUGCAAGGCCAUGUUAUUCGACAUAGUGGUAAAAAAGACUAUGCGUGCCCAAAAUGUUCAAAGAAAUUUUAUACCCGCAUGGAAUUAAAACUGCAUGAUAGACGUCAUACUGGUGAACGUUCAUACUUAUGCAUGCUAUGUGGCAGAUCUUUUGUUACUUCAACCGAAUAUCAGGGCCAUAUUCGCCGACACGAAAAUAACCGCCCGUAUAAGUGCAAUCAAUGUGAUAAAAGCUUUUUCGAUGGCUAUCAAAUGCGUAAACAUCAAAUAACGCAUACCAAUGAACGUACGGUACCGUGCCCUCAAUGUCCGUCAUUGUUCAAGUGCAAAAAAACACUAAGAGCACAUUUAAAAAUUCAUCUCAAUAAACGCGAGCAUAUCUGUAAAUUUUGCGAUGCUGCUUUUAAUCAAAAACCGGGAUUAAUAUCUCACAUGAAGAGCAAACACAAAACGAUACAAAACAAGUAUUAGAACUAUUAUUAUAUUAGGUUAUAUAAGUGGAAAU